ACACGGAAAUACAGUGAGAUAGAGAAAACGGCCGCGUAGUUUUAUCCCGUCUGUAAUUGCGUGCAGUUUGCGCGUCAGUGAUAAAAAGCAGACAGUGCAUUCAAACACAAAAGCAGGAAGUGUGUUAUUUUAUUCUGCUCUUGUUCUAUGGAUUUGCUGCAGCUUCUGUCAUGGGCCUGCAUCGUGUUCACCGUCGGGAUGUUCUCGACUGGACUGACCGACCUGAAGAAAAUGAGAGAAUCCAAAAGUGCUGACAAUAUCCAGUUUCUCCCUUUCCUUACCACAUGUCUUAAUAACCUGGGCUGGUUGUAUUAUGGGAUUCUGAAGAAAGAUCAGACGAUCAUCCUGGUCAACGUUAUCGGAGCUCUUCUCCAGAUCCUCUACAUCAUUGUGUACCUCCACUACACGAAACAAAAGAGGCUGGUGAUGUCCCAGAUCCUCGCAGCAGGGGCGGUGCUGACCUGCGGAUGGUUUUACUUCACCAAGUUUCUUCCCGAGGGAGAAACCCGGCUCAGCCAGCUCGGCCUCACCUGCAGCGUGGUCACCGUCAGCAUGUACAUGUCCCCGCUCAUCGACCUGGUGGAGAUAGUGCGCAGUGGAAACGUGCAGUGCUUGUCCUUCCCUCUGACUGUAGCCACCUUCUUCACUUCCACCUCCUGGGUCCUUUACGGCCUCCAGCUGGACGAUUACUAUAUUGUGGUUCCGAACACGCCUGGCAUCUUCACCAGCCUCAUCAGAUUUUAUCUGUUUCAGAGAUUCGCUUCCACCAGUCAAAGCUCACCUUCCUAUAAGUCUCUGCAGAUGUGAGGACAUGAGGGACGGGCAGUUAUGAAAAGAGGUGACACAUCUGUUGACACGUUGAGGGCUGCAGCCAAUAUCUCCCAUCACUGUAUUUCUAAUCAUACAGAGAGAUAGUGGAGAGAAACUGUCAGCGCGCAACACCGCUGAUGACAUGGAGAUAAUGUCUUUUGUUUGUUGUCAUUUCGGGAACGUAUAUCAGUUAACUCAGUUUUUUUUUUUUUUAAGUCUUUGAUUCAACAGUUUUUUGUCCGCAGCUUUUUGUUAAACCUGUGUCUCCUCUCUGUGUCCUUUAAGUGCCUUCUGCUAGAUCCUGUUUACUGUGAAAGAUUAAUGGCAUUCAGUGAUCUACCAACAUGUCAGGAGACUUCAGUCUCUCCACAGUCCAGUGAUGUGGACUGAAUCGUCCUCACCUCAAACUAGCCAAAGAUUUUAUGUAAGUUGUAACUUACUGGCUGCUAUUUUAAUAUCACAUAUAGUUACUCUCUUCCCUGAUACUCAUGUAUGGAGUAAUGUAGUAUAUUGUUUCAUAUUUUUCCCUGGUGAGACAAUGUUAAUUAAAUAUUCCUUUUCGAAUUGGUACUGAUGCUUCUGCAUUGCCGUGCAGGCUAAAUAUCGAGUCAUAUCUGUGGCAGUGAGGUAUGUUUACUAUAUAUUUUACGUCUUUUUGAUACAGAAUAUGUAUGUUUGCUUAUGUCCAAGAUGAGAUAUUGUCUACUUAUAUUGUUAUUGCUAUUUUUGUAUUUGUUAUUUAGUAUUUGUUUAUGAGAUAAAAUAAGAUAAAAGAAAAAAUUAACACCAUAGGGUUUAUUUACAAGAACGAAUGAUGUUUAUAUUUCUGGUGCCUGGUCGUCAUGGAUAAUAGAGUCUCGCUUGUCUCCUCAUUAUUAUUUGUAAUAAGGACAUGUUUUAUGCAAAUGAAACAGCUGAGUUUCAGUGAUGAGUCACUCACUUCUAAAGGAUGUAAGAUCAUUAAAUUAAAAAAAAACAACACUACAUUUAUUUUA